CCUCCAACCAGCCCACGCAGCAUCGCCAUUCCUCCCGUCGUCUCGCACGCACUCGCACAGGCACAGCCGCCGCCACCACCCACCACCCUUCCCCCCUUCCCCGUCUCGAUCCAGCGCGCGGGGAGAUCGGAGAUGGAUCGGCCGCCGCCGGACAACCAGCAGCAGGCGCCGCUCCUCUCGCCGUACCAGAUGCCCCGCUUCCGCCUCAGCCACCGGGUGGUGCUGGCGCCGAUGACGAGGUGCAGGGCGAUCGGCGGGGUGCCCGGCCCGGCGCUGGCGGAGUACUACGCGCAGAGGACCACCCACGGCGGCCUGCUCAUCUCCGAGGGCACCAUCGUCUCGCCCGCUGGCCCGGGGUUUCCUCAUGUACCUGGGAUAUACAAUCAAGAGCAGACUAAUGCAUGGAAGAAGGUGGUGGAUGCUGUUCAUGCCAAGGGAGGCAUCUUUUUCUGCCAGUUAUGGCAUGUAGGCAGAGCUUCUCACCAAGUAUACCAGCCAAACGGUGCUGCACCAAUAUCUUCGACUGAUAAGCCAAUAUCAACAAGGUGGAGAAUACUGAUGCCUGAUGGCUCCUAUGGCAAGUAUCCUAAACCUAGGCGCCUGGCAACAUCGGAAAUACCUGAAAUUGUUGAACAAUAUCGUCAAGCCGCCAUUAAUGCCAUUGAAGCAGGUUUCGAUGGCAUUGAGAUCCAUGGUGCUCAUGGCUACAUCAUUGAUCAAUUCCUCAAGGAUGGAAUCAACGACCGGACUGACGAGUAUGGUGGCUCACUUUCCAACCGCUGCCGGUUCCUACUUGAGGUAACCCGGGCCGUGGUUUCUGCCAUUGGAGCAGACCGAGUCGCAGUGAGGAUAUCACCAGCCAUCGAUCACCUCGACGCCUACGAUUCAGACCCCAUGAAGCUCGGCAUGGCUGUCGUCGAGCGGCUGAACGCCCUCCAGCAGGAAACCGGGCGGCUCGCCUACCUCCAUGUCACCCAGCCGCGGUACACCGCCUACGGGCAGACCGAGUCCGGGCAGCACGGCAGCGCCGAGGAGGAGAGCCGCCUCAUGCGCGCCCUGCGCGGCGCGUACCGUGGCACGUUCAUGUGCAGCGGUGGCUACACGCGGGAGCUCGGGCUGGAGGCCGUGGAGAGCGGCGAAGCCGACCUGGUAUCCUACGGGCGCCUGUUCAUCUCCAACCCGGACCUGGUCGAGCGGUUCAGGCUGAACGCCGGGCUGAACAAGUACGUGCGCAAGACGUUCUACACGCCUGAUCCCGUCGUGGGUUACACGGACUAUCCGUUCCUUGGCCAGCCUAAAUCUCGCAUGUAAUGUACUACGAGAUUAGUAAAUCAAGACUACGGUUCUGUAUUGCAUCUAGGAAAAUAAAGAGAAACUGUGUGGGGGUGAUUUAGCACAUAUAUUCUUGGAACAUAAUUUAUGGUAAUUUAUUUAUUUUUGCUGUGUGUGAUAGGAACUAUUGCUGAUUCAGUGGUUACAGUAAGCCUGUAUAACCCUGAUUCAUAGUACAGAUUUGUAUCAGUGAUCUCAAACUGGGAAAAAGGUGUAUCUAGUUACGUAUCACAUAUUGCUUGAUAUGAGGUUUCUAGCUCUAUUCAUCGGUACCA